AUGCUAAAAAGAGCUCUACUCUCCAUGCUUUGCUGGUUCUUCGUGUCCAUGAUAGGAUAUGGGUACACUUUUGGUUGGAGCAAAAUUGGGAGCAAUCUUUACACCAGCUACUUCUUUGGUGCGCUAGGAGGAGCUAUUGGCUACGUUUCCUCGAUUCCUGUUUGCAAACUUCUUGGAAGAAAACGAGCCACAAUCUUCCUUUUCGGAGGCAUAGCUGUAUUUAACUUCAUAGCCAUGUUAGACGUGAAGUUUUCGGAGUCCUGGACGCUGGAACAUGUUGCCAGUUUACUCGGCAGUGUAUCUGGGACAGCGGCGUUUGCCAUGGUCUAUUUGUACACAGGAGAACUAUCUCCGACCUCUCACCGUGGCAUGAUAAUGUGUUUGAGUUCCAGUAGUGCCAGAGUCGGCAGUUUCCUCGGACCCUACGUAAGUCUACUGUACGGAGUUACUGAUAGGAGGGUCCCCCUGGCUUUGUUCGCCGUGAGCAGGGGAUACGAACCUAACAAUGUCACGGGGAGCACUAUUUUGGCCAAGUUCGGUACUCCACGAAAUCUCUCUGAUGGAGGAAAAAAGAAAAAGGGAAGAAAAGGAAAGAAAGGCAAGAGUAGUUCUUCUGUACAAGAAGUCAUGGACAAAGUAAAGACAGAGGCUGUGGAAGCAAAAGAAGUAGAAGUCGCAGAAGCCGCUGCAGCUGAAGCCGCCGCUGCCGAAGCUGCCGCUGCCGAAGCCGCUGCUGCCGAAGCCGCUGCUGCCGAAGCCGCUGCUGCCGAAGCCGCUGCUGCCGAAACCGCUGCUGCCGAAGCCGCUGCUGCCGAAGCCGCUGCUGCCGAAGCCGCUGCUGCCGAAGCCGCUGCUGCCGAAGCCGCUGCUGCCGAAGCCGCUGCUGCCGAAGCCGCUGCUGCCGAAGCCGCUGCUGCCGAAGCCGCUGCUGCCGAAGCCGCUGCUGCCGAAGCCGCUGCUCUCGAGGCCGCUGCUUUCGAGGCUGCUGCUGCUGAAGCCGCUGCUGCCGAAGCUGCAGCUCUCGAGGCUGCUGCUGCCGAAGCUGCUGCUGCCGAAGCUGCUGCUGCCGAAGCUGCUGCUGCCGAAGCCGCUGCUGCCGAAGCCGCUGCUGCCGAAGCUGCUGCUGCCGAAGCUGCUGCUGCCGAAGCUGCUGCUGCCGAAGCCGCUGCUGCCGAAGCCGCUGCUGCCGAAGCCGCUGCUGCCGAAGCCGCUGCUGCCGAAGCCGCUGCUGCCGAAGCCGCAGCUGCCGCAGCUGCCGAAGCCGCUGCUGCCGAAGCUGCUGCUGCCGAAGCUGCUGCUGCCGAAGCCGCUGCUGCCGAAGCUGCUGCUCUCGAGGCCGCUGCUGCCGAAGCUGCAGCUCUCGAGGCCACUGCUGCCGAAGCUGCAGCUCUCGAGGCUGCUGCUGCUGAAGCCGCAGCUGCCGAAGCUGCAGCUCUCGAGGCUGCUGCUGCCGAAGCUGCUGCUUCCGAAGCCGCUGCUGCUGAAGCCGCUGCUGCCGAAGCCGCUGCUGCUGAAGCCGCUGCUGCCGAAGCUGCUGCUGCCGAAGCUGCUGCUGCUGAAGCCGCUGCUGCCGAAGCUGCUGCUGCUGAAGCCGCUGCUGCCGAAGCUGCUGCUGCUGAAGCCGCUGCUGCUGAAGCCGCUGCUGCCGAAGCUGCUGCUGCUGAAGCCGCUGCUGCCGAAGCUGCUGCUGCUGAAGCCGCUGCUGCCGAAGCUGCUGCUGCUGAAGCUGCUGCUGCUGAAGCCGCUGCUGCCGAAGCUGCUGCUGCCGAGGCUGCUGCUGCCGAAGCUGCUGCUGCCGAAGCUGCUGCUGCCGAAGCUGCUGCUGCCGAAGCUGCUGCUGCCGAAGCUGCUGCUGCCGAAGCUGCUGCUGCCGAAGCUGCUGCUGCCGAAGCUGCUGCUGCCGAAGCUGCUGCUGCCGAAGCUGCUGCUGCCGAAGCUGCUGCUGCCGAAGCUGCUGCUGUUGAAGCUGCUGCUGCCGAGGCUGCUGCUGUUGAAGCUGCUGCUGCCGAGGCUGCUGCUGUUGAAGCCGCUGCUGCCGAAGCUGCAGCUCUCGAGGUUGCUGCUGCCGAAGCCGCUGCUGCCGAAGCUGCUGCUGCCGAAGCUGCUGCCGAAGCCGCUGCUAUCGAGGCCGCUGCUCUCGAGGCCGCUGCUGCUGAAGCUGCCGAACCCGAGGCUGCUGCUGAAGUUGCCGAACCUGAGGCCGCUGCCGAACCUGAGGCCACUGCCGAACCUGAGGCCGCUGCCGAACCUGAGGCCGCUGCCGAACCUGAGGCCGCUGCCGAAGUCGCCAGCGUAGACCCCGUCAAGGAUGCGUUUAUCGAAUUACUUAAAGAAUUCACCACUGAGGCGGCGAGCGCGGAGUCUUUACCAGGAUUGACACCAGAGAUAUUAGCCGCUCACCAAACCGAGCUGGAUAGGAUCAAGAAAAUGUACGGAGGGGCAGAUGACAUAGAAUCCUUCCCUACCUUCAAGUUUUAGAGUGAUACCAUCGAGUUUAAUCAUCGAAGAUGAUAAUUUUGAUUAAUUUAUUCAACGUACCCCGAGGGUUGCUACCAUUGACAGCUGUUUACGCUCCAUGCUGAACUUUAAUCAUGUCACGAAUAUUUUGGGUUCAUAUAUUUUUGAACUUUUAAUUCAAUGUUAAGGAUGAUCUUGAAGGGCUUGAAUAAUCGCUUGUAGUGGAAUGAAAGCAUAAAAUCUGUGCGACACCGCAUAUGGAAAUUGAUUUUGCUAUGUUUUGUGUUUGAAAUGUAGCCUAAUCUGAGGCUUGUCUAAAAUUAUUGUUUGUCAAGUCUUUUUAGUUUCAGUGAAACUUUUGAUAAGAGCUGAUACGUCCUAUGAUAGCGUGAAUCGUUCAGUUUGAUAAUACAUAUAUUGAUCCUAGGAGGCAGAAGCUUUGGCUUAUCACGUGAAUCCUUAUCCAGACAUUUGGUAUUAAAAUGUUAAUUAUUAUACCAAUUCUUCUCUAUGAGUUUUAUCAUUUACUUUGAUAUUUUAUACA